AUGAAUCUUGCACGACCUUCUGGACUUUGUGAUAAUUUUGGCGAUAUGAAUCACCAACCAUUUUCUGAAGUUUCUAAUAAUAAUUUUGGUGAUAAUAGUAAUCUAGUUAAUACAAGACUUUUUUCACUACUGUCUGAAUCCAAUAAUACCUCAUUUCAUGACUGUGGUAACGAUUUUGUCAAUAGUGAUACUAGCUUUUCUGAAUAUGAUGAUAAUUUUAAAGAAUUAAGUAUUCUCAGCUAUCAAUAUAACCUUUAUGGUUUUGGAUAUCAAGCUUUCCGUAAUGAUAAAGACCAAAAUAAUCCUGACAUUAGUCAUCAAAAAUCUUAUUGCUAUUCAUCAGGUGGUGUUUAUGAAACUCGUAAAGUAUCUGAUAUUAGCGCCAGGUAUCGACAUUUUAGCAAUAAGAUGAUUCAAGAUAUUAAAUUUUUUUUAGAAUGUAAGGUUGCACCUAUUACUCAACUAGAAAUACUUAAAAAGAAGUAUCCACAACACAUGUUUUAUAGACAAGAUAUGUAUAAUGCAAUUUAUAAAUUGCGUCAAAAUGAUAAUGAGAGAUCUGAUUCUGUUUCUUUACUUGAUAGUGUUUUUUGGAUGUUAGCCUCUCAACAAAAAUUAUAUAGACAGUUUUCUGAUGUGGUCCUUAAUGAUAACACAUUAGAGGAUGAGCUUUCUUCAAUGUAUAUUUGGAUUUUACAAUAUUUGUUAAAGACAACAAAUAAUGUAGUUCCAAAGUCAUUUUGGACUGAUUCUGAACCUGGCUUAAUCACCUUAGAAUCAUCAAGUGAACAUACAAUUCAAGCAAAUGUUACUCUUCAAACUUUUUCAAUAGCUAAAACAGUGAUUAAUAUUGUAUUAGAAACAAAGAGUGAUAAUGAAUUAAUUCAAUUAUUAAAGACUUUCAUUUUAACUAAACAAAAUAGCUACAAUAAGAAUGAUAAUUCAGAAGAAGCAAAAAGCAGCGAAAAUAAUCUGAAUAGUGAUAGUAUUAUUACAUUACAACAAGAUUUGAUCGAACAAACAAAUGAUCCACAUAUUACUAAAAUUCGAGGUGCUCCCAGCAAAAAAAAAAUCAAAAGCGCUAUAGAACUAUCAAUAAAGAAAAAUGUAAUGUGUGAAACUACCAAUAUUCAUAGUAAACAAGAAAACCAUAGUGAAGAAUCUAGCUCAAGACCACAACAUAAGUGCUUGCUAUAUAGAACAUCAGAUCACUAUCAAAAAAAGUAUCCAAAUAUUAAAGAAAACUAA